CCUUUCCCCUUAUUUUUUUCCUAUUUCUUAUCUCUUACUCAUGCGUCAUUAAUUGUGCAACACCCACCAAAAUGUAUUGGCUGUCUCUAGACUCUUGGUCAUGUGAGAGCUGCGUUUUCCUACGUCGCGUGUGUGUGAAAGUUAUGUACCAAGGGCGACCCAAGGCGGACUGGAACUUGUCGGACAGCAUCACUUAUUGUACUUCUCGAUAUUACACCUUUCAAACAGCGCUCCUUUGGAUCGGAUCCCAAAUAACGAACGUAGCGCGGUGAUUCCAAAUGCGCAUGGCAGAAAUUUCAUCCCCCCCCCCCGCCGUGUCCUUAUAGUUGCUUGGCUGACGAGUGUCUCGGUUUAUUACCACGCAAACAGCUCGAUCGUCAACCAUAGAGCAUGAAUCGCUCAACAGACAGCAUCCCGUCGAAUUUUUCUUUACUCAUUAGUUUGGACGUUCCGAUGGAUCUCCGGCCCAUGUCCGUGACGACACAAAGUUAUCGCUACGUUACGACUGCUGUUGGGACGUUGAUCAAUCUUCUCGUCAUUGUGGUGGUCUGCCGUUCACGCCAGCUCCACUAUCCCCGCCAUGUGUUUUGGGCUGCCAUUUCAGUGAUGAAUCAAUUUCAGAUCAUUCAUUUCAUACUGGAAGUAGUGGCCAUCGCAGGUCGAAAUCGAGUGGCGUGUCAAAUUUGCGUCCUCAACGCGGGAGUGCUUCACACGAUUAUUUUAACGUUGUUGGCCCUGGCGGGCCUUGAUCGCUACUUGGCCAUCGCCCGUUACGAGUGGUACAAGGAGAAAGUGACGAAUCGAGGAACAAUUUUGCUGCUAUCCAUUGGAUUCGUUGUAACUUACUUGACGUUUACCAGUCCGUUUUGGACCGGUUACAAGAAGAUCAAAAAUUGUACGAUUAAUCUGACCCACAUGCACGUCGUAUUGAUCUACGACCUGUUCAUGGGCAUCCUCUGUGUCAUAUUGCACAUUAUGAUUUUCUUCCUAUCUCGAGCCGCUAUAAAGAAACAGCCAUUGCAUUUUCGCCAGAAUCCCAUCGCUCUCAAAUUUCUUCAAACUCCUUUAUCAAAUGUCGGAUCUGAACCAGCAGAUGUAGAGAUUGAGGUGCCAGCACUUCAAGCGGUAACUGCGCCCGAUGCAACAGGCAAUGUUCUUCCGCCGCACUUUGACUCUCAGUUGGACGACACGCUCUGUUUCACCUGGUUUCUCAACCGCCCCAAACUCAAUCGACUUGAAAUUCGCGCCGCUUUCAGCAUGUCCGUCAAUAUUCUUCCUUUCUGGCUCUGCACUUUCCCCGUCACAGUGAACGGCAUUAUUAUUUACUGGUGCAUUCACCUCCAAAUGAAUUGCCCGACUGUGUACCGCAUCAAUCCUUACAUUUACGACCUGUUUAUCGUCCACGUAAUCUACAAUCCGUUGAUGUACAUAUCGACUAGUAAAGAAUUCAAACGCGCUCUGAUUCAUUUUAAGCAGAAAUUCAGAUGCAAAAAACGCGCUCAAUAACAGAUAUUUUACAUUACAAAUUUUGUCAUUAUUGAUUCGAUCCGUGGGUUUAAAAAAAUGUCGUCAGCACCAACAAUGUGCACAACAAUCAAUACAUUUUUAUUGCUAUGCGUAAUAGGAAUUGCAUGGAAGCAAGAACGGACA